UUCCCAUUUUCUGAUAAAUUAUGAGUACAAGGCGAAGAAGGGGAUUUUAUAUCAAAAGUCUAUAAUAAAGCACAUAUUCACUAUUGUUUCUCAGACUUACAUUACUUGUAAGUAACUAGUCAUUAAUUAGGGUUUUCUACCUUACACAACACCCCCUCCAGCUUUAUUUCUUUACGGCGUUUUCCACCCCUCACUAUUAUUUUUUUUUUUAUUUGACUUGCACAACAUGACCCCCGCUCAUAGUAAAACACAGGAUCAGCAGUUAAGUGCCAACACUAUGUGUACGGCAACUUUAAGAAAUGGUGGAGAUCAACGUAUGAACCCCUCUAUGACUUCAAAUAAAGAAAGCCAAAAUCCUAAGAUGAAAAAUAUGCCUGUUAUGACUCCAAAGGAACUUAUUUUAGACGCUGAUAAUUCAUCAUUGUCAAUAUAUCGAAUGUAUCAAAGAAAGAGUUAUUUACCACAAUCACAAAGAAUCGCCAAUAUAGCAUGGAGAAUUCAAAACAGGAAAUUGGCCCGAUUUAGACAACUGAGAUCAGCUUCACAUCCAUCAGAAAGUUUCACCGCUCAAUCUUUAGGAGUCACUGAAGGUAUUGAAGAUUUGAAUGAUCCAAAUUUAGAUGAGUUUGAUUACGUUGCACAUAUACGGCGCAUAAGUCAAGAAGAAUAUGGUCUGUCAAAGAAUCAAAAACAAUUACAAAAUUCAACCCAAGAUAUCUCUGAACAAGAACAAAACUCCAAGGGGAAAGUUGUACCUCAAGUUUCACCUCUGAAUCAUCAUAUAUUACACUCACAAUCACUGUUUUCAAAUUAUAGUGCCACCCCCAUGCGAGUACAAACAACGAAAUCAAAUUCGAUUGCAUCUCCAGAAUCAAAUGCCAAUUCUUUAACUUCACAAUCAUCAUCAGUUUUCUCUUCAAAUAUGAAAACUUCGACUGUUGCCAAUAAAACUGAUCCAAACUUUCUUUCUUCGUAUAUAAACUCACUUGAAAAUUCACUUCAACAAGAAUAUAAAACUUCCAAUGCAUCUCCAGCCAAAUUGAAACAACAAAAAGGUCCACCAUCAACAACAACAACUCCAUCAUCAUCAUCAUCAUCGCAUCAACAACAUAAGAACCUUCAAUGUACCAAUUGUCAAACAAGGACUACACCAUUAUGGAGAAAAUCAAGUUCUGGAGAUUUACUUUGUAAUGCAUGUGGUCUUUUCUAUAAAUUACAUGGAGUUUUAAGACCACUCAGUAAUAAUAUCAAUUCUAACUCAGCAACGAAAAACAAUUCAAAUGAUACCAAUAAUGUCCCUAUCUCCACCAAAAAGGUCAAUGAUAGAACGAUAAUGAAUAACAAUAUGAAUUUAUUCAAUUUUGUUAAGGAAUCUGCAUCUGAAGACAUACCAAUGUCUCAUGAACAAAGAUCAUCGACAUCAUCAACCAUUCCAAUCAGUCCAACGUUAGUCUCACAUCAUCAUCAUCUUCAUCAAUAUCCUGAACAAGAAUUCACUCCUUCAGACUCACAUCAAAGAUCUGGACUGGUUAACAUGGACUCAUUCUUACAAGAUCCCAAUAUGGGACAUGAUGGUAAGAAUACAAAUUCUAAUGACGUUGGAAACAUUGAUGAUAUCGAUAAACUUUUGAAUGCUAAUUUAUUUCAAUCAGAAUCAUUCACAAUUGGUGGUAUUAAUAGUAGAAGUCAACAAGGAGUUCAUACUGACAAUGAUCAUGAUAUGUAUGAUUUCAACCAAAUGGGAGAAAUGGGGAUUAAUGAUGAAGUAUUAAUGGAUACGUCUGGAGAUUCAAAAUCUAACAACUGGAAUUGGCUUGAUUUUGGACCUAGUUCGACCAAACAUACAUAAGAAGAAUACUAUGGAAAGUUUGAAUAUAUAGAUAUUUAUAUAUAUUUAUUACCGGAAUGAAAGAGUAAAAAAAAAAAAAUAUAAAGAGAAGCAUUGGCAUUAUAGC